AUGGAAGGGACGGAGAGCAGAACCGGCACUUCCUCCUCGGUCGUCGCAGACUGGAGUUUGGUGGUUUGGACUCUGUGCUCUGUGAUCCUGCCGGUGCUGAUCACCUUGUGGUGCAGCUUCCAGCGGUCCCGGCGGCAGCUGUUAAUACGAGACAUCUUUCGCAAGAGCAAGCAUGACUGGCACUACACAGACCUCUUCGGCCAGCCCUCCUACUGCUGCGUCUGUGCUCAGCACAUCCUUCAGGGUGCUUUCUGCAACUGCUGCGGGCUGCGUGUCAGCGAGGGAUGCCUCAAGAAGGCUGACCAGCUUUUUCUCUGCAAGGAAAUUAUGAUGAGGAGCGAUGGUGGAGCCCACAGCUCUAUGCCUCACCACUGGAUCAGAGGCAACGUACCACUCUGCAGCUGCUGCAUGAUAUGCAAACAGCAGUGCGGCACACAGCCCAAGCUCUGCGACUACAGAUGUGUGUGGUGUCAGUACACUGUACAUGAUGAAUGCAUGAUGGGUUGUUUAAAGACUGAGGAAUGUACGUUUGGAGAAUUCAGAGACUUAAUUAUUCCACCGUACUAUUUGUCUACAAUCAACCAGAUGCGUAAAGAGAAAAGAACCAAUUAUGAAAAGGUAGUACCCUACUGCAGAAAACACUGGAUGCCAGUAAUCAUACUGGCUAAUACUCGUAGUGGAAACAACAUGGGUGAAACUUUACUAGGAGAAUUUAAAAUUCUGCUGAACCCUGUUCAGGUUUUUGAUCUAAGCAAAAUUGCACCUGCUAAAGCACUCCAACUUUGUACCUUGCUGCCUUGCAACGCUGUCAGGGUUCUUGUCUGUGGUGGGGAUGGCACAGUAGGCUGGGUCCUGGAUGCAAUUGAUGAAAUGAAGAUAAAGGGGCAAGAACGUUAUAUUCCACAAGUUGCAAUUUUACCUCUGGGAACAGGUAAUGACCUGUCUAAUACACUGGGCUGGGGUGCAGGUUAUGCUGGAGAAGUCCCUGUAGAGCAAAUCUUACGAAAUAUCAUGGAGGCAGAUGGAAUCAAACUAGACAGAUGGAAGGUUCAAGUAACGAACAAAGGAUACUACAACUUAAGGAAACCAAAGGUGUUCACAAUGAACAACUACUUUUCUAUAGGACCUGAUGCUCUCAUGGCUUUAAAUUUUCAUGCUCAUCGUGAGAAGACUCCCUCUCUGUUUUCCAGCAGAAUUAUUAAUAAGGCUGUUUAUUUUUUUUAUGGAACCAAAGAUUGCUUAGUACAAGAAUGUAAAGAUCUUAACAAAAAGGUUGAGCUAGAGUUGGAUGGUGAGAGAAUCGAGUUGCCCAAUUUGGAAGGCAUCAUUGUCCUGAAUAUUGGAUAUUGGGGAGGUGGCUGUAGGCUCUGGGAAGGAAUGGGUGAUGAACCUUACCCCUUGGCAAGACAUGAUGAUGGACUUCUGGAAGUUGUUGGCGUUCAUGGUUCUUUCCACUGUGCCCAGAUUCAAGUGAAGCUAGCAAAUCCUGUUCGCUUAGGGCAGGCACACACAGUGAGGCUGAUCUUGAAGAGUUCAAAGAUGCCGAUGCAGGUGGAUGGAGAGCCAUGGGCUCAGGGGCCCUGCACUGUUACCAUAACUCAUAAGACACAUGCACUGAUGUUGUAUCACUCGGGUGAACAAACAGAUGACGAAGCUUCCAGCAUGUCUGAGCAAGACCACGUGAGAGAACAGACGGAUGAAGACGUAUAGAUUUUGUGGAAUUUCACAUAAUACAGUGAUGAACUUCAGCUCAUUAAAAACACUGAGAAUGCCUAAUCUAGAUUAAGGUUUAUGCCCUAAGGUUCAUACUUGUGAAUAAACUAGAGCUGAGGAAAAAGCCAU